AGCUGUUCCUUUAAGAAUGCAAGCUCAUCUUAAUGAGUGUUUAAAUGCAUCAAGUAAUGCUAAAUUACAAAAAACCAUUCUAAUACAAAAUCCUAUACCCUCAAAUAUUUCAGAAUAUUCUUUAACUAAUACAAAUACACUUCUUAUUGAAAAAAAUAGAUCUAAAAAACAAAUCAAAUUAAAUAAUUUUGUUGAUAAUAUGAAGGAAGAAGAACAGGAAUCUUUUGAAUUUUUACUAGCUCAGGCAUUAUAUUUAGCUGAAAUACCAUUUACCUUUGUUGAUAAUCCCUUUGUUAUUCAAUUUUUUAAAUAUCUUCAACCAUCUUUUAAACUUCCAAAUAGAAAGAAGAUUGCUAAUGAAUUAUUGGAUAAAGUUUAUGAAAAUGUAAAGAUACAAGCAGAUGAACAAAUUUCAAAAGCAACAACUCUUUAUAUGGUUUCUGAUGACUGGUCUAACAUUAACAGAGAUUCA